UUACCUGUGCGGUGCAGCAUGGCGUCCCAACUGUACGGAGUUUAAAAAACGCGAGGAUUUUAAUAAAAUUUCGCUGGUAUUUCGAAAAUGAAGGUAACGGUGUGCUUCGGGAAUAUCCGCGUUGUAGUUCCCUGUGGAAGAGGUGAUAUUCUGGUUAAGGAUCUGAUCAGGGAGGCCACGCUACGCUAUAAGAAGGCAACGGGAAAGAAUCCUGAUGCUUGGGUAUCAGUACACAACCUCCAGUCCCAAGGAGGAGGUAUUCUGGACCCAGACGACAGACUCAGCGAUGUAGCUGACGAUAGGGAACAAAUUCUAGCAAGCUUUGAAGAUGGUGAAGGUUCCCACGUCCACCACGGCGGAGGAGAUGGCGCUAGCGGCAGCUCGGUGGGCACAGGCAGUCCUGACAUCUUCAACGACGGCGAACACAAAUACGGACCCUCAUACCCUCGCACAGACAUCGAAGUGACAGGAGAACAGAUAGCGUCGGGAGUACCCUCGCUCCAAGUGCGCAGAGGCAGCGAACCUACCCUCAACCAACUACCUGUAGGUCCUCCCGCUCCAUCAGACCACACAAAGCGAUGGAGUGCGGCUCCCCUUAUUUUGGAGCCGCCCAGUUCAGGCUAUGCUAGUCCAGACUGGAUGGAGGACUGUGGAGAUGAUAAUGAGGGAGGUACGGGGUUCAGGAGAGUGGCUAGGGACGGAAGUAAUAGGUUGUCGAUGCAGUUCCUGGGAGACGGACCUGGUUACAGAUGGGCAGAAGCUGCAGAAAGAGCAGCUAAUACCAGAUCUCACGCCAGCACUUCACUACCUAGAGAAACCAGAAGAAAGGAACCACUGGGUCAAGCUAACAACAGUCCAAUGCCUUGGAGUGCCGAUAAAACAGAGCUCAUUGUGAUUAGAAAUCAACCUGGACAUUUAGGUAUACACGUAGUACCUGACUAUGAUGGUUCGGGGAAAGACCGCGGAUUGCUUGUUCAAGGUAUUGAACCAGGAGGUAGAAUAGAUAGAGAUGGUAGACUAGCUAUUUAUGAUAGAAUAGUAGAAAUCAACGGCCAAAAUUUAAUAAACAUUUCAUUUCAAGGGCUAAGACUAAAAGUUAUUAAGGCUUCCGGAUUAGAAAGCUUAAGAAAACCUCUUUAUUCCCGCUUUCCCGAUGACAAAGAAAACGCUGGAAUGGUGGAAUGUGAACAAAAACAGAGUACAAACACUAAAGUAGCUACAGUAUCGCCAACCAAAAAAGUGCCAGCUGUUUCAAAGAAUUUGAAAGGUUUACUGACAGCUAAUACAAGGAAAAUUGGUAAAAAGAUCGAUAUAGAGUUGAUAAAGGGUCCCAGAGGGCUUGGGUUCAGUAUUACAACCAGGGAUAACCCUGCAGGUGGUAAUUGUCCUAUUUACAUCAAAAAUAUCAUUCCUGAGGGGGCAGCUGUCGAAGAUGGCCGCUUAAAAAUAGGGGACAGGCUGCUACAAGUGAACGAGGAAGAAAUGACAGGAAAAACACAGGCUGAAGCGGUGGCCAUUUUGCGAAAAGUACCUCCAGGUAGUAAAGUAAAAAUCGUAGUGUCUAGGCAAGAAGAUGUCGCAGCCAAUGGCAAUUCGUUGCCACGUGUCAUUGGUAUAGAAGAGACGGAAGAAAAAGACGAACCGAUGACGUUUAAUGGUACCGGAACCAUGGACACGCCCCCAAACAUUCCUCCGUUACCACAGAGCCAUCUGCAGGCGUUGCACCAAAACAGGACACCAGAACGACUGGUUGCUUCUUCUGUAGCCAAAAUCGUGUCACAGUUUCAAGAAGCAGCGAACAACAGCCAUCCUCCAGAAAAAUUAGAUGGUUCUAUGGUAUUCCCAUGGAAGCAUAGAGAAAUUCUUACCCUCAACAUUCCAGUGCACGAUUCUGAGAAGGCGGGGCUUGGAAUUAGCGUAAAAGGCAAAACAAGUGAAUCGGGUGAUCUUGGCAUAUUCAUCAAAAGCGUUAUCAACGGUGGAGCGGCUUCCAGAGACAAAAGGCUGAAGACCAACGAUCAACUGUUGAACGUGAACGGCAUUUCCUUAUUGCAACAGUCAAACAGCGACGCCAUGGAGACGCUGAGGAAAGCUAUGCUUCACACUGAAGGCCCCGUGCCUGGCAACAUAACCUUGACUAUAGCCAGGAGAGCGUCCUCUCCUGGUGCUAGUAGGAACAGGUCCAACGAGAGCUUGCUCAAUAAUUCACAGGCAGAUACUGGCGCAACAGCGCAACUCCAAAAUUCCGAAUAUCGAUUAGCCCUUACUCUGAGGAUUAGCCAGUUGUCGAGCGGGAACGCAAACGAAAGCCGUACGAAUCAACAGCUGGUGCUAGCUCUAGUCUCUUAUUGGUCUAGUUUGAGCACAGCUAACUGA